CUCUGUCUGAGCUCACACAGACAGACUGCCCAGAGGGCGAGAGAGAGAGAUAGCGGGUCUGUUUCCCCCACUCUGUCCAUUAGCCAAUUUAAAGGGUGAGCAGAGAGUGAGGUCUGUAAUAUACUGGGUCAACAGGGAAAGAGAAGGAAAGGUUUGACGGGCUGAGAGGUCGGAAAAUCCAAAGUGAGAGCGCAGUGCAGAUUGCGUGAGAGAGAGAAGGGGGUGAAAAGAUUUGGAAAGUACCCGGGAGACAAAAGGAGGAAUUCUAAAAGACAGGUCAACGAAGCUGGAGUCUCAACAGUAGAGGAAAAAGAAGACUCAGAGCUCUCUCUCUCUCUCUCUCUCUCUCUCUCUCUCUCUCUCUCUCUCUCUCUCUCUCUCUCUCUCUCUCUCUCUCUCUCUCUCUCUGUGUCACACACUUGAAGGAACCGCUGAGGAAACUUUGCCUAGUCAGACCAAAGGACUUAUUUGAUCUGCGUAUUGCAUGCUUUCAACCACAGACAUGGAGAAGUGGCCUUUCUCAUGAAGAUAAAAGGAUGUUACGAUCAGUUUUACUGUUGCUAUCAAUAUUGACAGUCCAAGGUAGUGGAUGUGAUGACUUUUUGAGGGAGGUUGUCAAGAAUCUUCAAACCACCCUUAACUCAGACCACGCUGGAUUUCGUAAGGUGUUCCCUAAAGACUAUUGGAUUUCACACCACUACAAUGUCAACCUGCUGUGCAACACUGAUCCGUGUUGUGUGUUCCGAGCUGCGACUGUUCUCUCUGACUCCUGGCUCCAGCUCCGCAGCCAGCUGUGGCCAGAGCACCAUAGCUUUGAAUUCAUCUCCAACCUUAUACAAGCCCUGGGUGGCAGGGGUAUGACAAAAGGGAGAUUUGAGGAUCCUGACCCUUCAGUUCUUCCCUCUGUCUCCUCCUCUCCAGAGAAACUUCUCAACUUCACUUCAUCUGUUUUCUCCAAAUGGCUGGAGCUGGGUUGCUCGACCCCGGUGGACACUUGUCCCUUCCCCACUCUGGCCUCUCCGGCUGGGGAAGAAGAAAGGGCAGCUCUGGAAAGGAAAAAAGUGAGGUCAUUAACCACACGAGCAGUUCACAUGCAACACAGGGAGAAUGAAGGGGAAACAGAGAUGAGGUUAAACACACCUCCACCAACCAAUAGGAGCCCAACAUCCAAAGGUGGGCUCCUAUUAGUUCUUUCUGGGUCUUUGUUUUUUUAUCUUUAUUUAACUAGGCAAGUCAAUUAAGAACAAAUUCUUAUUUACAAUGACAGCUUACAUUGGAGCCUCCUGUUAUGUGGACUGCCCUGGAUGCUACUGUAGAGUGGUUGCUAUAGUUACUGAAGUGGAUCUCUUCAAUGGCGCACACAAAAUGCAAGAAAUAAAAUAAAUAAGAUUCCCUGUUUUUGAAAGAAUACAUCCUUUUCUUUUUGCAAUGUGUUUUGGAGCACUGGUUGGCUUUUUCUUCUCAAUCUGUCCAUUCUAGCAGUUCUAAUACAGUAAGCUUUGUCAAUCAAGUGACUGUCAUGCACAUGUCAUUGUUGCACUGAAAGUACAACUGCAGUCAAGAUUAUGUAUAGAAUAACAACCUUUUAAUUUACCGUCUGCACACCAGAGUUCUAUUAUCGCCAUAAGAAACCAUUACGUACCUAUACAACAUAGCCAUAUGUAUAAAAAGCCAUAUUUUAUGCUAGCUAACUAAACACUAACAAGUGUUUUAUAUUGAGCAAGCUACAGCACAUAAAUUAUUGUUCAAUAUUUCUGAUCAAAUUCAUAUGAUGUUUACAAUGCAGUGGAAUGUGAAUAUUUGUUUGUUUGUCUGUUGGUCUUCAAUUAAUGUUUUUUUUUUCUUCUAUGAACUUUUGUACAUACUACAUCUUGUAAAUAAAAACCAUGCAGCCGUUA